CAUUCGUUCCGCGCCGCGAGGAUUGCGAUAAAUGCCGGGGGCUGGGACGCUGGGGUUGUUCUCACAGAAUCUCCGAGUAAUCGCGGGACAUGACGUCGUUCAAGAAGAUAAAUACCAAGGCGUUCGCCAGGACGGGACCGGAGUUGACCGAGGAUAAUAUAUAUUGGAAGAAAUACACGCCUCCAGUUUUGAUAAAAGAAUUUGGCCCGAUCGACUACAUCGACUUCUCGCCGGUAGAGCCGCAUUACUUCGCGAUAACCUGCUCGGUACGGGUGCAGCUGUACAAUCCCAUCACCAAGUUGGUCACCAAGACUUACAGCAGGUUCAAGGAGGCCGCGUACGGCGGUUGCUUCCGCCGAGAUGGCAAGCUGCUGUGCGUCGGCGGAGAGGAGGCGGUGGUCAGACUCUUUAACAUCGGUUCCAACAGCAUGCUGCGGAUCUUCUCCGGGCACAAGGCCGCGGUGCACCGAGUGUCCUUCACGGCCGACGAUCUUCACGUCGCCUCGUUCUCGGACGACAAGACCGUGGCGCUGUGGGACAUCCCCAGCGAGAAGCAGCUGAUAAGCUUCAACGAGCACACGGAUUAUGUCAGAGCCGGCGCGGUGAGCCCCGUGUCCACCGACGUGCUACUGUCCGGCGGGUACGACAAGAUUGUAAAUAUGUACGACGCCAGAACGAAUAAGAAGAUACUGAGCGUUAAUCAUGACGCGCCGGUGGAGAGUCUGCUCUUCCUGCCAACUGGAGGAAUAUUCCUGUCUGCGGGUGGGACUGAUAUCAAAGUAUGGGACGCUCUCGCGGGUGGCAAGUUGCUCGCGAAAAUCACGCAACAUCACAAGACUGUGACUUGCCUGAAAAUCGCUUCUAACGGUCAUAGAAUACUGUCUGGUUCGUUGGACAGGCACGUUAAGGUUUACGAUGCUGGAACGUAUAAAACCCUUCAUUCUUUGGACUAUCCCAAUGCGGUUCUCAGCAUAGGAAUUAGUGCAGGCGACGAAACCGUCGUAGCCGGUAUGGUAGAUGGUAUGAUUUCCGUCAGGAGACGCGAGGAAGAUGUAAAGGAUGUGAUAAAACCGAAACGCAAGAGGAUGUCGUACAGACACGCGGGCGAAAAUCUGCACGUGCGGAGUAUUGACGUGGUCGUGCAGCAAGACGUCAAAGAGAUAAUGAGCAAACAUGACACCUGCUUGCGAAACUUUCAAUAUAGUAAAGCGCUGGACUGUGUCAUGAUGAAUUAUGUGGUCAAUAAAAUGCCGCAUGUCACCGUAGCACUUACGCAGGAGCUCAUCAGGCGCGAGGGCUUGAGGCGAGCCUUGGCCGGUAGAAACGGCAAGUCGUUGGUUAACAUUAUUAAAUUCUUAAACAAAUACAUCGGCAACAUACGUUUUGGAAGGGUACUGUUGCACGUAGCGAACGUGUUGAUGGAUGUGUACGAGGACCAUUUAGACGAACUGUCGGAGGAGACACGAAAAACGUUUGCUAUACUAUCGCAAAAGUUACAGGAGGAAGAGCGGUUAAUUCUAACCCUGACGCAAUUGCAGGGUUCAAUGCAAAUGAUAUUGUCUGGCGCCGAAGUGUCUUCUUUGCCUGCCAUAAAAGAGAAUCAAAGCUUGGAACCAUCAAACGCCGCUCAAACGGAACGUGAUAUUAUUUUAAAUAUAGCUUAGAUAUUAUAAAGAAUAUAGAUUAAAUUUAGUUUAACUUAUGCAAAAUAUUAUCCAAUUGUAUAAUUUUUGUAAAAUACUUUCCUGUACAUAACUUUACACUACAUUAAUAUCAAAUUUCUCGAAGUAAAGCAA